AUGGAUUGUAACUGCGUCUCGGAUCUGCUCUUCACCCCGCCGGUGCCGGCGCUCUGGACUCCGGGCUUCGCCUUCCCGGACUGGGCCUACAAGCCCGAGUCCUCCCCAGGCUCGCGGCAGAUCCAGCUCUGGCACUUCAUCCUGGAGCUGCUACAAAAGGAGGAGUACCAGGGGGUCAUCGCCUGGCAGGGCGACUACGGCGAGUUCGUCAUCAAGGACCCCGACGAGGUGGCGCGCCUGUGGGGGGUCCGCAAGUGCAAGCCCCAGAUGAACUACGACAAGCUGAGCCGGGCCCUGCGGUAUUACUACAACAAGCGCAUCCUCCACAAGACCAAAGGCAAAAGGUUCACCUACAAGUUCAACUUCAGCAAAGUCGUGCUGGUCAACUACCCCCUGCUGGACAUGGCGGCGGCGCCUCUGCUGCUCGCCCCGGGGCCCUUUGGAGGGGCUGCGGGCCCGGACGGCCCCCCCCUCACCCCCGAGACGUUGCAGACCCUGUUCUCCACGCCCCGCCUGGACCCGGGCAGCAGGACCCCCCUGUUCGCCCAGCACCUCUCCGCCCCCGACACGGACAAGCUGCGCCUGGACGGCCCGUUCCCCUUCCUGGGCUCUGGUACUGCCGGCUACUCGAAGCCCCCGGCCCUCCUGAGCCCCUACGGCCGCACCUUCCCCGAAUAUCCCUGGAACUUUAACCCCUACCUGGCGAGCCCCUUCCCUAAGCUGCCUGCCUCCCUGUACCCCCCGCACUUCUACCCCAACCCCCUGGCGGGAUCCUUGGGCCAGCUGCCCACGGGGCCCGGGGCAGGGGGCCCCGCCACAACGCCCCUCCUGGCCGGCCCCGCAGCUGACGGGACGGGGUCCCAGCGCACGAGCCUGGCGGCGGGCGCCCGCCUGACCCUGCCCGGGCCGGGGGUCCCCGAGGUCCCCUCUCUGGGGCCCAAGGAGGAAAGCGACUCCGAGCUGGAGGUGACCGACGUCAGCGGCUGCAGCUCGGACAGCGAGGGCGACGACGGCGUUCCCGGGCCCCCCGAGAGCCAGGGAGGCCGGGGCGGGGCCGGGAGCUGAGGGCCCAGGGGAUUGGCGGCAUCGGGAGCCCUGCCUCCCCCUCCCCCACUAACGGGGACACGGCGCCCCCAGGGUCUCCCUCAAAGUUCACUCCCCCUCCCGGGGCCCAGGAACGGCCCCGCCCUUCCCGAGCCCCGGGGAGCUGCCCCCCCCCCGCCCUCCCCCCCAUCGGAGAGGGGCGGGGGUCUCGCCCAGACGGGCCGCUCCUCCUCGGCCUCCGGGGGGGAAGGAAGGGGCCGCAGGCUUGGGACCUGCCCCUCCUCCCGUCAGUUCCUCAUCCGGCGCUGAGCCCCUCCUGCCCCUCCCGGGGUCAGG